AUGUUUAAAGACCAAAUUAUCUAUAAUAAUAAUAACUCAGUCUUAGCUCCUUUUGAAUGGAUAGCUGAGUGUGCAGAUGAGAAAGAUUUAUAUAAAGCAUUAUUAAAUAGUAGAGAAAUUUACAAUAAUAAGAAAUUAGAGAGAUUUAUUAUUCAUGAAGAUAAGAGGUUAAAAGAUUAUACAGAUUCAUAG